AUGGGCGAGCCCUUGUACGCGCUAGUCCGCCAAUUUUGGGAGCAAGAAGAGAUCAAGCCGAUGGUCGAGCAGAUCACGCCCGAGGAAAGGGAGUGCGAGGACUUGUUUGUGCGUUCCCACUCCCGCUCUCGUGAGGGACGAUACACAGUCCGUCUUCCGGUCGCCUCAUCUCUUCCCGACUUUGCUACUACUCGUUACGCGGCCGCGCGGAUGAUGUCUCAGAUGGAGCGUUGCUUCGCCCAGGACGCUCGUCUGGAGAACUUGUACAAGACCUUUAUGCGCAAAUAUGAGGAACUAGGUCACAUGUCGCGCGUGAGUGAGUCGGGGAGUGAAGGGCGUAUCUGCUACCUCCCACAUCAUGGGGUCUUGCCGGAGGCCAGCACAAUUACGAAACUAAGAGUCGUCUUCAAUGGUUCUCUGGUGACAGCGAGCGGGGAUACUCUCAAUAAGAAUCUGCUGACCGGGCGUAAUCUCCUCCCUCCACUGAUAGACAUACUAUUACGAUGGCGGUGGCAUCGAUUCGUCUUCACCGCGGAUAUUGAGAAGAUGUACAGGCAAAUACUCGUACAUCCGGCCAACGGAGACCUGCAACGAAUCAUUUGGUGA